CAAGAACGAAAAGAUGUCUCUCACUUCCUGUCAGAUUUUCUGCCAUCACCGUAAGCCUCCACUCGCUACCCGACCAUCGGAAUCGCUACUGAUUGGUAUUUUGGGUCAGAUUUGGUUUUGAUUAAGGGAUACGAAGAUAGAGGAACCAAGCAGAGUUCGUAGCGAUACAGAGAAAGGGAAGGAGACAAAAAAAAGUUUGCGGCAUAGUGGAGAUUCGACUGAAACUGAAAGGUCAAGAAGGAUUGCCCAAAUUUCCUUUUGUUGGAUUUAUAUUUUGGGUUAGAAUCCAAUCCUACUUUUAGUUUUGAUUUUAGGUUUUUGAAUGUUUUGGUAGAUAUUUAGAUUCCAAAAACAGCGAUUGAUAGAGAUCAUAAGGCAGAGAGAGAAACAUUUGAGGACUGCCAUUACCGCCAUUCUGGCCUUCCACAAUCAUCCGGUCUCUCGCUGACUUGCUAUCAGUAAGUUUCGAUUUUGUAAAACAUUUUUUACUUUUUGAGAAAGAAAUUGGCGUUAAAUAUUAUUUAGGCUUGGGAUUGUUUUUGCUAUACGUAUUUGGCUGAGAUUAAGAAACCGAAACAUUUAGAAUCAACUUUAAGAGAAAGUUGGUAACUGUAAGUCACGCACAAAGACGAAGAGAUGGACAACGAGAAAGAGGAAACAGAGUAUUCCCACCCAUCGGCCGCUAUAACACAAGAGUUCCUUUUCUCCCCCUACUUGGAUCAAGCCGCAUUGGUUUUUGGUGGACUUAGGAAGAAUUUUGCAGGGGCUGUGCAGCCGUGCAUCCUCAACAAAUAUAAAUAAAUAGAAGGGCGAGUGCAUGAAGCAAACAGAACCACCUCCUUAAUUUUGUUUGUCUUCAAAUCAAAACCCUGAAGGAAAAGGAGAAGAUGGCAGCAGAGAGAGGACAUCGGCCUUCACCACCUGAAGCUUACCCUUGGCUUGUGUAUUCCGACGGGAAAGACCAAAUAUUUUGCUCCAUAUCCAAUACCAAAGAAACCUACAUUCGUACAAUUCCCGAGUUGCAGAAUAAAACUUGCUUGGCUUCAACUACUGGUCAUGGUUGGUGUUUAUAUUCAUAUUCCAGUACUGCUCCAGAUUGGUGCCUCCUGUGUCUUUGGAACCCUGUUACCCUAGAGAAAAUAACACUACCGCCAUUGAAUUUGAAGGCUCAAUACAUUAAAAAUUGCAUCUUAUCGUCCUCUCCAACCGAACCAGAUUGCAUGGUCAUCUUAUUUGUUUCAGAACCUCCUUUAAUCAUAUACUGUGGGAACAUUAUUGAUGGAGAAUGGAUUAAGUCAUCAUAUUUAGAGGAGCUGAAUCAGAGUUUACACAAGGCUGGAAAAAACAAGCUCCAAAAUUAUUCCAAUGAGAGAAUUCUUGAUCCAGUUUGCUGCAAUGGCAAUUUAUAUGGAGUAACAUCUUUUGGUAACAUGAUUGUACAAAUUCAUAUCAUUCAACCCAAUAGUCUUAAGAUAUCUCCCAUUGUCAACAUACCGUUUGCUCAUGUUCCGCAAUAUUCUGACGUGUGGUUAACAUUAGUAAUGGAAUCUUGUGGUGAACUUUUCUGUUUUAAUAUAAUGUUUACAGAUUCCAGUGGCAGAUACAUGACAGCAAUUGUGAUUUAUAAAUUAGAUUUUGAUAAGUUGGUGUGGUUAAAGGUAGAAAGUGCUAAGGAUCGGGCAUUCUUUUUGUCCUUCAAUUUUGAUAACCAGUCCUACAACGGGUUUUCUUGCCCUGCUGCGACAGAGAUCGAAGGCAAUUGUGUAUAUUUGACUUUGGCUGAUGGUCAUAAAAAGUUGUACUCAUACAACAUAGAAGAAGGAAAUCUUUCGGUCUCUUCACCUUUUCCAAAUCUACCAACAAGGAAAUCCUCUCCAAUUUGGGUGAUGCCAGCUGAUCUCAGGCUAUCCAGUACAAUGAAAGAAGCAAAGCACAGGAUUAAUAUGGAAGAACAAGGGAGUGAGAAAGUCCAAGAAAAGGUAAAUGAUUUAGAAGAUGUGGAGGAGGCAAACGAGACUAAAGCACAUUUACCUUACCUUCCUUUGGACAUGGUUAAACUGAUUGCCAAGCCUCUCAUUUUAGUUGAUUAUUUGCACUUUCGUGCUACGUGUAAAAUGUUCCAUUCUGUAGCGCCUCAGAUCCAAUGGAGAAUUGCCACACCAAGGUUGGUAAACCCUUCUUUAUCUCCAUGGCUAGUGUUAUUUGGGAAAGAGAGUGUUUAUUCUUUCAUUGACCCUAAUCAUGGUGACAAAUAUCUCAUCAACUUGCCCCAAGUGUUAAAAGAAGGCAGUAUAAUUCGUAGUUCAAAAGAUGGUUGGCUGCUAGUAACUGUACGCAUGUCAACAUUCUUUUUCAAUCCAUUUACGCAAGCACUUCUUCCACUAGCAGAUUGUAGCUUCCAUAUUCGGAACCCUUGCAUGGGUUUCUCAUCUACCCCAGACUCUUCAGAGUGUGUAGCUGUUGAGAUUAAGGACAAGACUGCCAAUAGUUCCAAUUUCUUUGUGAACUAUUGUAGCCCGGGGAAUGAAGAUUGGGAUGAGUGGGAAUUUGAAUAUACCAAUUUUUCCUUUGAUUGCAAUAGCCCGGUUUUCUACAAAGGAGCAUUUUAUUAUCUGGGUAAGGAAGGCAAUCUUGGAAUUCUAAAGUUAAACAACGAAGAGCAUAGUUUCGAAGUUCUUACAAAGCCUAAACCACCGUGCAAUGGUAACUUCCAGAAGUUUCUAGUAGAAUGUAAUGGUGAGCUCUUAUCAAUAUUUGUGGCUCCAUUUGGAAAGUGGGUUCGAGUUUUCAAACUGAAUGAAUCAAAAAUGACUUGGGUUAGAGUUGAAAAUUUAGGAAAUUAUAUGCUUUAUGUUAGCCAUACAUCGUCCAUGUCUGCUAUAGUAAAAUCACCUGGAAUGGAGAACAAAAUUUACUUUCCGAGAUUUUAUGGAGAAAGCAUUGUCUUCUAUUCACUAGAGACGGAUAAUUAUCAUUCCUUUAAGAGUAAGGAUGUUGUUGACUUUUAUAGCACAACAGAAGUAUUGUGCUGUGGUUGGAUCGAACCUAGGUGGUGCUAGAUAACUAAAAGCGGUUGUUAAGAAUGAGAAUUAGAUUCUUCAUAGCAUGUCAUCUUCUUGUAUUGAGUACAGAUGAGUCAGACCAAGGAAUUGCUACUAAAUUGUAAUAGUUACUUGAAAUAGGGUUUUGUACUUUUGAUUA